CUGUCGAGUGGGUUCAUCUUUUGUUUGCGGCAAGAGGUAUUAAUGAGUUGAGGGCCGUUAAUGUGCGCCUUUUUUGACUUCGGUCCCCGAGUGUUAAUACCUCUUACAUAUAUGUACAUCAACCGAAGAUAAUACUGCUCAGCAACCUUGCAUCGGAUAACUCGCACCCACUCCCCCGGCCCAUAUCUUGGCCCGAAGAUAUACGCCCUGUAAUUGCUUCCACUCAAUUGUCCGAAGUGCAAUGGCAACAAGUGCACUCCCCGGGUCCUACCCCGACAGCAUCCCGCCCACCCCGGAUGAGACGAUGAUGCAGCAACAGCAGAAGCAGCCGAGCCAGCUUGAUCAGCAACGCCGGCAGAGUAGCAAUCUCCACAAGCCCAGUGACCCUCGCGGCCACAAGCACACCGACUCGGGCGUUGCCAUUCCCGAGUCGGGGCCCAUCCGGUCUUCCCACCAUGAUGAUAAGUCCCACUGGUACGGCCCUAAUGAAGCAAUAGGGGGCGGCACUUAUGUCCGGGGACAUCAUACUACCCUCUUUACUGGCCCCAUGAAGUCGCCCAUCGGAAUCGAACUGGGCACGACGACGAAGCCGACAGCGGCACGCGAGACCAAGAACAGCGCCGUCUCGAGCAAGGAUGAGAACAGAACCUCGACUGCCGCGAUGAUUGGUACCAGUGCCGUGGAGGGAGGUGCGGGGAAGACCGAACCGAAGGCAUUGCAGCAGCAGCAGCAGCAGCAGCAGCAAAGCCUGGAGCCAAGCCGUCCGCUGUCGGAUGAGCCGGCCUCGCAUUUGGGAGACGCAGACGGAGCCGUCUACAACACAGUGACAGGCCACGGAAGUGCCGCGGAUGACCACGAGGAGCAUCACCACCUGCCUCCAAAGUCAGCCCCGAACUCAUCGUCGCCGGGGACAGCCGUCGUUGAGGGAGAUGUUACGAACUAUCCCAGGGGCACCGGCGUUUACAACACCGUGACAGGGCACGGUAGUCAAGACGACGACUUGAGACGCCGCUCUCGGGCCAUCGCUCCCGGCUUCCUCCCGGAGACGGCCGUUCGCGACGACGUCCUCCAUCUCGCCGAGGCGAACUCGAGAGACGGUGGGCACGUCGACGCCCAGGCGAAGCGCGAGACCGCUCCCCAACAACGAGCUUUUCCUCUUGCCACGGGGCCUUCGGAGGGCCGCAACGACGGGCGCGCGUCAGAGUCGCCGUCCAGACAGGGAGCUGCUGCUGCUGCUGCUGCUGCUGCUGCUGUUGCCGAUCGGAACCAGGAGGGCGUCGGCGCCCUCACCAAUGGAAAGGGAGAGAGGAGCCAGGCCGUCGCAGCAGGCGGAGCCGCGAAGGGUAACGAGCGACGCUCUUCGCAGCCGACGUCGCCGAUCGAGAAAGCCAGCAGCCACGAAGAAGGGUGGCACAAGGGCAACAACCGAAACAGGAAGCACGGCAUCUUUGGCAUCUUUCACCGGCGCAAGAGUGACGCCAAAGAGGUAACCCGCAGGAAGUCUGCCGGCGACCAGGACGAGCCGGCGAACCAGGAUGCCACCGUGGUCGGCAACCCUCCGAGCCGCCCGCGCAAACCCAGCAGGGGCGAAUCGACAACGGAGCGCAGGCGGUCGAGAUCAUCCGCCAAGACCGAGGACGAGACCUCGGCGGGAGGAGCGGCAGCGGCAGCGGCAGGAACGGCGGCGGCGGGGGCCGGUGCCUUUGGUCUCUUUCACCGCGCCAAGAGAAAGAGUACCGGCGAAGAGACCCAAGAGAAGACACAGGACGCAGCCAACAGUAACCGUGCGCCAAUGUCUGCCGGCGCAGGCGGCGCAGGUCCCGCCGGAGGGACCAUGCAUCAGACCGAGGAAGUUCCGACCCCCUUUGAACAUCCGAGAGAGCCGCCGGUGCGUCCAGAGGGCGUCGGCCACGGGCUCGCUGCCGCCGGGGCCGAGAACCAGUCUGGCGCAACCCAGGGGACGCAGCAGAAGAAGGCGGGUGCCACAACGACGAACGAGCCGGGCGGCAACUAUUACAACACCCUCGCGUCCGGGACCCCGUCUGGUUUAAAAAAACAGGCGCGCGGAACUACCUCCCGUCAUGAAGAGUACGACGGCGACGGCGGCGACGGCGGCGACGAAGACGACAACAGGCUCGAGUACAACGUCCUGUCCUCCGGAACCCCGUCCGGCGUCAAGGUCAAGCCCAAGUCGCGGCGGCGGAGCGCGCACGCCGACACCGCCACGGCAACGACAGGAACGGACGGGGGGGGCCUGCCCGCCGCCGAUAACGACACCAACACCUCGUGCACCGCCGCCGUCGUCGGGCGCGUCGGGUACGGCAGCGCAGCGGCAGCGGGCGCGCCGACGAUUCCUUCGACUCGUACUCAGCAACAGCAGAAUCAGCACGAGCUGCUGCCGCCGAUCCCGCCCUCCUCGCACGGCCCGGAGCGCGACGGCGAGCGAGCAGCGGGGGCGCGCCACGCGCCGGCGCCCGGCAUCAGCAACGCCAGCCAGGAGUCCCUGCCCGGCGUGACGACGUAUGGGCCGCGGGCGGCAGAGCACGACAUGAGCCCCGAGGUGAUGCCGGCCGCGUAUUACGUCGCGUCGUCCUCGUCGUCGCGGUCUGCACUGGCACCGGCGGGGGCAACCAGGGACCGCGGCGGCCGGGUGAUGCACGUGUGCAGGCACUGCGGCUUGGAGAACGAUAUCACCGAAUACCUGCAGCGAGCGGGUCGCGCGGGAGACGGUCCUGUGUCCCACUAGGGGAGUCUAGCUGGUAUGAAGUCUAAGGGGCUGAGAUGCCUUGCUUGUAUGUAUAAGGUAGUAUUAAAUUAAUGGCGGUGUGAAGGACCUUAGAAGGCUGCUUUGGUCAGGUAGGGCAGGCAUAAUUAUUGUAUUAUUCAUUCUUUGCUUCGGUACCUGGCAACUACUUAUAUCUAGUAUUACAAAAUGAAUUUAAAUUUCCAGAA